GGUAUUGCGGGGUGCUGCAAGAUGAUAUCCAGAAUUUCGCCAUGCAGCAUGCGACACUCAGUGCUGUUUGUCCAAUAUUGGGAACGCGCGUGCGUCGUAAUCUGCAUGUGUUGCAGCUCCACUGUGCACCCAAUCUCACUGAGCUUCCAUGCCACGCGCGAUGCGGCACUGCAGCCGCAUAGUGGGUCAUACUCGAUUCGCUCUGUUUCUGAAUUUUCCUGCGUAGCCAGCUGGGCUCAAGCCUGGCGCCGAAGCAACUUCCGCAUGCCUGUAGUACAAGUGGCUUGUCACGUGCCAAGGUUUUCAACAUUUAAUGGCUGAAGUGUCGCGCUGGUGGAUUGCUCCAGCAUUCAUUGUGGCCAUCGUCGUCCUGGUGUCGUUGGACGUAGCUUUUGGAGUUCAUGCGCAAAUAUUGAAUGUGGUCAUACCAUGUGUUGUAUAUUUUCAGAGCAGGACGCCGAUGGCUUGCUUGAGUUAUAUGGCCUUAUAUGUUGCUGUAAGCCUUUCGUGCGUACCCCUGACGCCUUUCGAGAUUUUGACUGGAUUCUGCUUUGGCAUACCGCUUGGUAUCAUCCUCGACAUCACUGGACGUGUAACAGGAGCAGCUUUGUCAUUCCUUGCAGCGCGUGCGCUCUCGCAUAGUGGAGUUGAUUGUCCUUGCGUGACGGGUGAAGCAGUGAUGGCGGGGGUUGGAAAGGCUGUGGAAGAGCACGGUUUUCGUUUUCUGCUUCUUUUCAAUUUGGCACCAAUGCCAGUUGCAGUCAAGAACUAUGGCCUCGGAUUCGUUCCUGAGGUAAGAUUGAGUUCAUUCAUUCUUGCGAUCAUGGUUGUCGAAGUUCCCAUGGCGUCGAUGUGGGCCUUCAUAGGAAGUUCUGCCGCCUCAGAGGUCUCCGCCAUGGACACCACUGCUGUUCAUUCUGCAAUUGUCAAUGGUGGGCCUGGCCUGUAUGUGAAGGUGCCCUUGCUUUGCGCCGGCGUCGUUUCAAUGCUCCUCGUGCUGCGCAUGAUUCACAAGAAGGUUGCCGUCGAAUUGGAGAAGGUAAAGCAAUGCGUAAUAGACGAUCGUGAGUGGCACCAGGUGUAGGGUGCUACGUUUGCGGCUGCACUGCUUCGGGCGGUUGUCAGAUUGGCACACAGCGCUGCCCUGGCGCGAGAGGAAAGCACGAGCCAUUAAAGCCGUCGUGGAGUUGCGCAGAUCGAUUGCUACAGGGGUGGGAUUCUGUGAAGAGGCCUGCAGGAAUGCGAAACACCAGAGGUGCGGCUUGAGAGAAUCGACCAAAUCGAUUCGAGUCGGACGGCGGAGGGCCUCCCACUGGCAAGCCGAUUUCGAUUCGCCCCGUGCGUGCGGGCGAGGUGAAGCCGCGCGAGUGCGAGAGAGACCUUCCCUUAGCUUGGGGCGCGUGCGCCCGAUGGUCCCCGCGUGCCGGCCGUCCUGGGGAUGCCGUGCAGCUCGUUGUUGUCCCCAGGUCGUCCUGUGGUUGUCCCGUGCUAUUUUCUCGCGGUUGUCCCGUG